UACCGCCCCAUAAUGACUGUCAUGAUAGCAGCACUUCAUGAACACUUUGUUUUGAUGCGCUCAAUUUGUACAAUAGAAGAAACGCCUCAUAUCUGCUGCCCGUCUAUUUUCAACCGCAUUGACGUGAAGGAUGCAACGAUGUUUUAUACCUCUCCUUGUUCUUCGAAAUGAGUGAGCUGGUGCGCGUCUUGGCGCUUGUUUUCCGUUUGACUGAUUUGUGAGACCAUGCUACCACCCGACUGAUUUGCGUCAUGGAUCCCGAGGAGAUCGAGCUGCAGAACGACUACCGAUAUCGUAACUACGCCUCCGUCAUUGAGAAGGCGCUGCGAAACUUUGAAUCUUCCAGUGAAUGGGCGGACCUCAUCUCCUCUUUGGGCAAGCUCAACAAGGCCCUGCAGAGCAACCUGCGCUAUUCCCUCCUACCCAAGAGGCUGAUCAUCGGCAAGCGUCUGGCCCAGUGCUUGCACCCGGCCUUACCCAGCGGGGUGCACCUAAAGGCUCUAGAGACCUACGAAGUCAUCUUUAAAAUCAUUGGCACGAAAUGGCUUGCCAAGGAUUUGUUCAUUUACAGCUCAGGCUUGUUCCCGCUGUUAGGCUACGCCGCCACAGCAGUGAAACCUGUUCUGCUGACACUGUAUGAGCGCUACUAUCUACCGCUGCAAAGGGCUUUGCUGCCCAGUCUUCAGGCCUUUAUAACGGGGCUGCUACCAGGCUUGGAGGAUGGACUGGAGGUCAAUGACAGGACUGAUGCCUUGCUGCUUAAGUUGUCCCUGCUGGUGGGUCAGCAGGUCUUCUAUGGAGCCCUGUGGGGUGCCAUACUAGUCAGUCCCAAUGUUCGACUGCCCGCCACCGUCUUUAUCGUCACACACUUUGACCGCACCUUACCCUUGCAACAGCGGAAACACAUGCUCGGCUACGACCAUCACCUGGUGGUGAAGUCUGUGUGUCUUUCUCUGCAAGACUCAAACGUUCUGGUGCAGAGGAACAUGCUCGAGAUCCUACUCUUCUUUUUCCCGUUUGCCACAUGCCUGGACCCAGCAGAGACCAGUAUUGUGGUGAGCACACACGACAUGACCGGGGUGGUUUCCGCGGCUUUGCUGACAUUGCUCCGCAGAGACAUGUCCCUCAACAGGCGUCUCUACGCGUGGCUCCUGGGCACAGACAUAAAAGGGGAAAUGGUGGCACCACAUCCGACCCUGUCCACCACAUCGGAGGAGCACAUGUUGUUUUACUUCAACACAUACUCUAGCGGGUUCAUUGUGCAGGGUCUGAUUAACAUCCUCAAACAGAAGGAUGUGGAGAGCAAACCGGAGAAUGUGAUUGGUUACCUCAGGCCUUUUCGUAUUAUUAUCAGCCUGCUGGAUAAACCGGAGUUGGGUCCAGCAGUCCUAAGCAAUGUGCUGCUGGAGGUGGUCCGAGCCUUCUACAGCUAUUGUCAAGACAUGCUGGGGGAGGAGACAAUCCUCAGCUCAGGGCUGUCAGGCAACCAGUUGGCCAGCAUGAUAAAGGAGAACAAGAAUGCAUCAGAGAUCAUAAAGACGAUGAAUAUGCUGGUGAGCUCCAUGAACAGUGAAUAUUUGUGGGAGUACAUGACUCAGCACUUCUGUACUUCUCUCAGCAGUGGCAAAGAUGAUGAUCUACCAACACCCCCAGACAUCAGUUGUCCUGCUCCCUCUGUCACAGAAAUGUCCAAUCUCAUUAUUUUUCUGCUUGAUGUUCUUCCUCUGGAGCUCCAUGCUGAUAUCCAGUCCCACUUCCUUCCUGAGAUGUUGGGCACCAUGCUGCGGACGCUGCACAGCCACAUGGAGUCUGUUAGCUUAGAGGAUGUCACACAGGGCCUGCGUGCUUGCUUCAAAGUCCUGAGUAAGAUCCAGAUGCCUGUGGCCUUCAUAGACUUUGAGGCGGGAGCCCACACAGAAGAGACGGAGUUAGAUGUGCAAGAGGAGGAUGGCAGAUCCACUCAGGACAUUAAAGACGGAGAAAGAAACGGCAACGUCGGAGAGGGUAAUGGUCACAGUGGUGAUGAAGAGCUCAACGCAGACGGGGUUGAGGUCGAGCCUGCAGAUGGCGUAUACCCGACACUCAGAUCAGAGGACAGCGGGUUGGGGAUCAGCGCCUCGCCGUCGGAGCAGCACCUCCUGCCUGUCAUGGGCUCCAAGGAGAAUCUCAAAGAUGGUCAUGGAGUGUGGAGAAGAGGAGGCAGCGUCAACACCACAACAAUAUGUCUGCAGGACAUCCUGGCAUUCUUAGCCACAAGACACCUGCUGGUACAGGUGGAGGAUGUGGGUGGACUGGAGGACAAGCCCCAUCCUUCUGCCUCUGCGGACCAUAAGACGUCGCUACUAAGCAUGGGAGGAUUGGAAAUGAAAGACAAACUGACUGACCUGUUCGCUCCCAACAAAGUGAAAACUCAGCCUGGGCUGGACAGCCAGCAAUCAGAGAGGAGGAAAGAGCGGGGGCCCUGCCUGGACUGGGCCGCCGGCUACAGGCCGCGAGGCAGGGCCGAGAUCUCUGAGGCGUGUCGACAGGCCUUCACGGCCACCUGCCACCUGCUCUUGGAGUGUACCACCUUCCCCGUUUACCUGAGCGAAGAGGAGGCUCUGGCUCUACACGCGGACAUGUUUGGUCACACAGGAGGUGACAUGAAGACCUUGCCCGUGUGGCUCAGGUCUUUGAUGACGCUCUGCUGCAUGUCAAGGGACCACAAAAUUCAACACACCGCGGUGUCCUCUCUACUGGAGCUGAUCAACCACUCCCAGUCCUUAGCACUGGUCAUCCAGGACAAGAAGAGACGCUACCAGAUGUCAGACUCCAACCCGCUGAGUGGGCAGCUGCAGAUGAUCACCGUGCCCCCCAUUUACCCCGCUUUGCUUUGUGCAAUAGAGGAGGGCACUGACUUUUAUCAGAGGGUUGCUCAAGUGCUUUGGAGCCAGCUGGACACGGAGCGUCGAGACCAGCACACUUCCUGCGUGGAACUCUUUCACCGGCUUCACUGUUUGGCUCCAUCAGCAACCAUCUGUGAGGACAUUAUCUGCCAGGCGCUGUUGCACAAGGAAAAGGCCGUGAGGCUUGAAGCUCUACACCGCUUCACAAUCCUUUGGCACCUGACCCGUGAGAUCCACACAAACAGGAACAGUCGCUCCUUUGACAGAUCUCUGUGUGUUGUGGUGGAGAGUCUAAGCUGCACCGACGGCUCGGUAAGUGCAGCGGCUCAAUGCUGGCUGGUCCGAGCCCUGUCCCUCACUGACGUGAUCCGGAUCCUGGAGCCGAUCCUGCUCCUGCUGCUUCACCCCUCCACUCAGCGCUGCUCCGUUCAGACCAUCAAACAAAAUCUGACGGCUGGCAACCUAAAAGUUCUAAGCAACAGAAGCCGGUGGUCCGCCAAGGCGUCUGGUACAUUAGCGGGCGGCGUGGCUAAUGAGGUCAACACCUUGAAUGUCCACAACGUCGUGGACCGGGAAUCCCUGUGGGUGCAGUUAGACAGCGGUCCAGAGGUGACCGGUCUGGAGGACGCUUUGGCGCUAUCCAGGACUGAGAGUGAGGUGACGGAGGAGGAGGAUGCAGAGGAGGAGGAAGACGACGCCGUGAAGAGCGAGCACACGGAAUCAGCAGACACCAGCGGUGCCCAAGUGUCCACGGAGAACUCUGGCUCGGGCACCGAUGAAGGAGGAAUGGUCAAUGGCCUGCAGAGGGUGGAGUCCGAACGCACGCAGGCGUCUGAUUCCCUGUCAAGCGAGGAUGACGAGGACCUCGAGCUGGAGGCCAUGGCUAGAUCUCGUCUGUUAAAGCAGGAGCGCGAGAAGAAAGAGGCCAUCGAAUCGCUCUUCCAUCAUGUGCUUCUCUACAAUGCCGCAGGCGGCUGGACCCAUUUACUCCAAGGCUUGGCCCUGCUUGACAGCCUGCUGAGAAGCAGCGCCAAAUGUCCUCUGGUGGAGGCGCUGUCUUCCACGUCCCUGGACACCAGCUCUGCAGCACACUUAAACCUGGUUUCCAACCUCCUGCAGCGCCACCAGCAGGCUCAGGAUGGCAUGAGCUUUUACGGCUGUUUACUUUCCCCUUCGUCCUGCCCCUCGGUGCCCCCGUCUCUUCUCAUUGAACUGCUCAUGAACUUGUGCCUGCGAUUCAUCUGCUCGCAUUACCCGUCCUACAUGAGCCUCGGGCCUCUUGACUUGCAGGGGAACAGGGAUGUUCAGGUGAAAAGCGUGGAAGUGUUGACACGCAUGGUGAACCAGCUGGCCUGCCUGGGACCAGGACAGGAGGGGAGCCUGGAGCACAUCCGCAAACUCCUGGCACGAUGUAAAGUGCAGCAAUACGCUCUUCUUACACUUUCAGCUUCUAUGUACAUAAGCCAACGAGGAACCGACAAGGGGGAAUCCAAGGUUCUGGAGCUGCUAGAUGACGAGGGCGGCCUGUCUGAGGAGAGUCUCGUCAAUGUUGGGAAGGGAGAAGGACAGGAGCAGUACCCCUUGCAGGUGGAAUUACUGAAACUCCUCCAAGCUCUCAUAGUUUUGGAAUACCGCGUGUGGCCCAGCGGGGCUGCAUCCGCAACCGCAUCAGGCAGCGCGUCCGGUCAGCCCGCGGAAUCCCCGACCGGCAGCAACGCUCUGACCCGGGGGUGGCACACUGCUGUCCAGUUCCAGCAGUCCAUCAAGGCAGCCCAGUAUGUCCAAAGUCACCCCAUCACCGCUCAAGGAAUGUUCGUUUCUGCCGCUGCCAGGGCUCUGCAGUCACAGUAUGGCUACGCCAUGCAUCCCCACUGGGUGUCGCUGCUGUGCUCCUCAUUGCCGUACUUGGGACGCUCACUAGGCAUCAUUGUUGCCCCAGUCUUAAAUCAGAUUUGCAGGAACUUGGAUGAACUGGUUAAGCUUUAUGAGCAUGACGGAGGAAAGACAAGCCAGAGCGCGACUUGUCGGAAGGAAAACAUUGCACCGGACUACCCACUGACCCUUGUGGAAGGCCUGACCACCAUUACACACUACUGUCUACUGGACAGCAAGAGAGCCAUGGUUGUCUGUGACUCCGUCGAUGUCCGCAAUGCACGCAGCGCUGUGAUCGAAGCGCUGCCGCACAUGCUCAGUAGCAUGGCGCUGCUGUGGGGCGUGGUUAUGAAAGAAGAGUUUCACAAGCGGGCCCCUGACACCGCACAGAGCAGCAAGCACAAUUCUUCUGUCUUCUUUAAAAGCACCAAAAUUCUACGGCAGCGGAUAUUACAGUUCCUUGUUCCUCUGACUGGUCAGUAUGGGGUCCCGCUGAUGGCUUCGCUUGGAGCAGCGUGGCGCAGCCGGAAGAGUAAAAGGAGGCACACAAACAAUGUCUUACCUGUGGUCAGUGAGUCCCAUCUAACCAUCGUGGAUCUGGUGAAGUCACUGAACAACUUCCACACAGACACAGUCCUACAGUUGGUCAAAGAGGUGGUGAAAAAGCCUCAUCAGCUCAAAGGAGAUCAGAAGUCAACCCUGGUAGACAUCCCGAUGUUGCAGUUCUCUUACGCUUAUAUCAAGAGCAUUUCAGCUCAAGCCUUGCAGGAGAACAUCGCCCCCCUCCUCAGUCUUCUACGGGAGUCUGUCCAACUGAACCUGGCUCCCCCCGGUCACUUCUUACUGCUGGGCAUCCUAAAUGAAGUUGUCAACAGACUUCCUAACCUGGACAAUAAGAAGGAUACACGAGAUCUGCAGGAGGUGACUCAGCGCAUCCUGGAGGCCGUGGGUGGAAUCGCGGGGUCAUCUCUGGAGCAGACCAGCUGGCUCAGCCGCAGCCUCGAGGUCAAAGUUCAGCCGCAGGUGUGCCCCGAAGCAGAUGAGCCUGAUGACGCAGACACGGAUGGAGACCAUUUUGAGACAAUGGCUCAAGCCAGCACCAUGGUUUCAUCCUCGGCUCCCUCGGUUUACAGCGUGCAGGCCCUUGUACUCCUGGCUGAGAUCUUGGCACCGCUUCUGGACAUGGUGUACCGGAGUGAUGAGAAGGAGAAAGCGGUUCCUCUGAUUUCUCGUCUCAUGUACUACGUUUUCCCCUACUUGAAGAAUCACAGUGCCUAUAACAUGCCCAGCUUCGAGGCCGGCGCCCAGCUACUGAGCAGCCUGAGCGGUUAUGCGUACACGAAGAGGGCCUGGAGGAAAGAAGUGUUUGAGCUCUUCAUGGACCCUCUCUUCUUCACAAUGGAUGCCUCCUGUGCACCAAGUUGGAAAUCCAUAAUUGACCACCUGCUGACUCACGAAAAGACCAUGUUUAAAGAUCUCAUGAGCAUGCAGAGCGGAUCCUUGAAGCUUUUUUCCAACGUGGAACAGAAACCCAUGCUAAUCAAGCGCCAGGCGUUUGCCAUGUUCAGUGGAGAACUGGACCAGUAUCAUCUCUACCUUCCUCUCAUCCAAGAGCGGCUCACGGAGGCUUUACGGAUGAAUCCCAGCCCCACUGUGUCUGCUGAGAUGUUCCUAAUGUUCCGUGUUCUUUUGCUGCGAAUUUCAUCCCAGCACCUGACAUCUCUUUGGCCCAUUAUGGUCACAGAGCUGAUUCGCAUAUUUGCUCGUCUGGAGAAAGCUCUACUGGAAGAUAAAGACGUCUCAAAACUGGCUAAAGUGGUACGAGGAGCGCUUGACAGAAACACUGUGGUGAAUUUCUCCCAGGCGGAGUUGGAUUUGUACCUGUCAGCUUGCAAGUUUCUGGACACGACACUGGCUUUCCCGCCGGAGAGGAUACCACUCUUUCAGAUGUAUCGCUGGGCGUUUGUACCUGAAGUGGAUGUGAAUCACUACAGCGGUCCAGAGAGCGCACUGAUAGAAGGAGAACAGGAAUGCAAGCCCCACGUCGUCCGGGUACUGGAGGGCAUACAGCAACGUUACGGGGCAUUCAACGGGCUGAGUGAGGAAUCUGUUUCGGAGCGCUUGGAGUUUCCCCUCCUCACCCGAUGCUCCUUGUCCUCCAUCACCCAGUUGUUGCCUUUUCUUUGCACCCUGUGCUGCUCGUUCCGGGCUCCCUCUUCCUCCCACGACCAACCACUGCCCCGAGGCCAGGUAGCGGACUACCCUGCAGCCAGUGCAGAUGGAGUGUUAAAGAGGCUGGAGCACAUCAUCGGGGAAGAGUUCCUGGACGCCAUGGAGAAUUAGAGGUCCUGCAAUGCGGACCCAAAUACGCUUUGCGUAUGUAAAACUUGCUUUGUCGUUUCUUUUAACUGAUCUGCAUGUCAAUUAAUAUAUGUACAGUAUGUGCAAGGUGGCCUCCGCAACUGUAUGUCACACUGGAAAGGUAAAUGAUGGUAAAUUAGGUAAACGUGUACUUGAAUGCAAAUGAGCAGAUCCACCAGUUUUCCUCAAUAUUUAGUGUUCUGAUGUCUGACCACAAGAAUGUUAUGACUGUCUUGGAGGAAUCUAUUCUUGGUUGUUAUUGUUCAAAACUCAGUGGACCUAGCGUAGUUUGAUGUUGUUUACAUGCCGUUCUGGCUGUCAAGGGAAGUAUCUUAUUUCUUCAUUCAAUGUUCUUUCAUAAUUAAAAUAAUUGAUUUUUUCUCUCAAUGUUGAA